UGAGCAAUUAAUCAGUUUUUAUAUAUUUAUCAGAAUAUUGGAACCCUUUUAUUAAGAAGCAUAUUAAUAUCUUUUCACUUUUAACUCAUAAAAUCUUUAUGAUGUGGUGAUGUGGCAGACUGGAGUCUUUAACUGAGAGUCCGGGCGCUGACUUCUGUAACGCUUUUGAUCAGAGUAAGAUUACCAUUUAUGUCAAAAUCUAUGUCUUUGUCCCCUUUUUGCCAUAAUUGGAAUAAUAAAAGGGAUGACAUAUGUUUAAACUAAUAAGUAGCAGUUGAAUGAAAGGUUUUUCUGUUGCUGCAAAUUGAAGAACUCUAGUUGAAAAUGGACAAUGUUAAAUAUGGCCAGGAGGGGGCGACAUCUUCACACUUUGUAUGUUUCUGUUGCCUUUAACAAGAAAAAAACGCAGCAAAUAUCUCACUACAAAGUGAGAUAUUUGGUAGUUGGUUACAGUAACACACAUUAUGAUUCAUUGUUGUUUUUAGCUGCAAUGAGGUUUUGAAGAAAUAUAAGCUGUUAUUGGAAGCAGGAAGAGCAGAGUUUUCCUAACUGGGUCCUAAAGACUCAAUAACCUGCAUUCAGCUCAGCUGAUUCCAGUUUGUGGCUGAUAAACAGGCUCUGGUUGAGCUGCUGUCACCUGGAUGAGGUGUGCAGAGAAUCUGCUGGAACAAACAGGGUGGCGUGUCUGAGGGAGAAGCAUUCAGAGCUCUGGGGCAUGAUGGCGUCUGGAGUCCCUGAGACAAUUAGUGACUUAUAUUGCUCUCCUAAAUGGCCCAAGGAGCUGGAUGAGACCAUGAGAUAUGUGAGCAUCCUGACUGAGCUGAACCAAAACAUGAAAGUCGCUGUCUGUCAGAACAACCAGACCAUGAAGGAGUGUUUAAAGAACUUGUCUGCCUGGAAGGAAAAACAGAAACAGGAGCAGCAGGUCCUGAAGAACCAACUCAGGGAAACCCAGCUCUCCCUGGAAACAGCCACCCUCCAGAAUGAGGAGCUGCAGCAUCGGCUGACCACUGCGGAAGAAGCGCUGGCUGACAAACAGAAGAAGAUUGAUGAGAUCAAGCAAGAGCUUUUCAAAAAGGAGAAAGAGCUAGAAACUAUUGCUGUCUUAAAGGUCCAGGCUGAUGCCUUCUCCGCAGACUUCUACGCAGAGCGGGAAGCAAAGGAGAGGCUCCAUGAGGAGAAGGAGUGUGUAGCUGCUCAGCUGGAGGAGCUUCAGAAGCGGAACAUGCAGCUGCAGCAGCAGAUAAAGAAAUUGACCUGGUGUUCAUUGAAUGAAAUGCAGCACAGACAUGGAUCUGCUGGAGCGAGCCCACGUGGACCUGAUCCAAGUCUGGUAGAAAGAGGUGCGGACUGGAGCCAGGAGAACAUUCCUGAACACGCCUGCCCCAAGUGCAAUGAGAUGCUCCCAGACCUGGACUCCCUGCAGGUCCACACCAUGGACUGCAUCAACUAGACCCCUGGCUCUCUGUCUGCUCUGGAUUCUAGGGAGGUUUCACAGGCUUGGAUGUAAAAUAAAUAAAAUUA